UUCAUAUUGUGGAAGCAUAGUCUUCUAAGUGGUUCCUUUAAUUUAUAUCCUUCUCAGCUGUAGUGUUGUGUUGAGCAAUCUAUGAAUAAAGAAUGGCAACAGCUACUGGUGAGGCCUGUUGUUCCCCAGGCUCCAGACUCUCCAAGUUGCAGUUUGCUCCUUUCAGUAGUGCCUUGGAUGCUGGAUUCUGGCAUGAACUGACCCAAAAGAAGCUGAAUGAGUAUCGCCUGGAUGAGGCCCCAAAGGAUAUUAAGGGUUAUUAUUAUAAUGGUGAUUCGGCUGGCCUGCCAGCACGUUUGACUUUGGAGUUCAGUGCUUUUGAUACAAAUGCUCCUACCCCAGCCCACUGCUGUCCAGCCAUCGGAACUCUGUUUAACACCAACACUCUUGAGUCCUUCAAAACUUCAGAUAAGAAGUUACUUUUGGAAAAAGCAGCAGAGGAGAUUUGGGAAUCAAUAAAAUCAGGCGCUGCUCUCGAAAACCCUGUGCUCCUUAACAAGUUCCUGCUCUUGACUUUUUCUGAUCUAAAGAAGUACUACUUCUACUACUGGCUUUGCUACCCUGCCCUCUGCCUUCCAGAGGGCCUACCCCUUCUUCAGGAGCCAGUGCGUUUGGAUCAGAAGUUUUCUCCAAGCCAGAUUCAAGCCCUUGAACGUGCAUAUGAUAAUCUUUGCCAGGAAGAAGGAGUCACAGCAUUGCCUUACUUUCUAAUUAAGUAUGAUGUAAAUUCCGUCCUGAUCUCCUUGCUUAAGCAUUGCAAUGAUUUCUUCCAAGAUCAAAGGAAAAAGAUUACAGUUGGAGUAUAUGAUCCCUGUAAUUUAGCGCAAUAUCCCGGAUGGCCAUUGAGGAAUUUAUUGGUCCUGGCAGCAUAUAAAUGGAGUGACCGUUUCCAGUCAGUCGAAGUCCUCUGCUUCCGGGACCGGACCCUGCAGGGGGUGAGGGACAUCACUCACAGCAUCAUCUUUGAAGUCCAGCUUCCAGAAUUGGCAUAUAACUCAGAUUGCCCAAAAGCUGUUGGUUGGGAAAAGAACCAGAAAGGAGGCAUGGGCCCAAGGAUGGUGAACCUCAGUGAAUGUAUGGACCCCAAAAGGCUGGCCGAAUCAUCUGUGGAUCUGAAUCUUAAAUUGAUGUGUUGGCGGUUGGUGCCUACUUUGGACUUGGACAAAGUUGUGUCUGUUAAAUGUUUGCUACUUGGAGCUGGUACCCUGGGCUGCAAUGUAGCCAGGACAUUAAUGGGUUGGGGAGUCAGGCACAUCACCUUUGUGGACAAUGCAAAGAUCUCUUACUCAAAUCCUGUGAGACAGCCCUUGUAUGAAUUUGAAGACUGCUUGGGGGGAGGAAAGCCAAAGGCCCUUGCUGCAGCAGAGAGGCUUCAGAAAAUAUUCCCAGGAGUGAACGCUGCAGGAUUUAACAUGAGUAUCCCCAUGCCGGGUCACCCUGUGAAUUUUUCCAAUGUCACCAUGGAACAAGCUCAGAAAGAUGUGGAACAACUUGAGAGGCUCAUCGGGGAUCAUGAUGUGAUUUUCCUCUUGAUGGACACCAGGGAAAGCCGAUGGCUUCCUGCAGUCAUUGCAGCAAGCAGGAGGAAGUUGGUCAUCAAUGCUGCCUUGGGAUUUGACACAUUUGUUGUCAUGAGACAUGGACUGAAGAAGCCCAGACACCAUGGGGCUGGAGACCCACAUCCCAGCCGUAUCACUGCAUCUGCCGACCUAGGAUCAUCUCUUUUUUCCAACAUCCCUGGCUACAAACUUGGCUGCUACUUCUGCAAUGAUGUUGUGGCACCGGGGGACUCAACCAGAGAUCGGACCUUAGACCAGCAGUGCACCGUCAGCCGACCAGGACUAGCCAUGAUUGCGGGAUCCCUGGCAGUGGAGCUGAUGGUUUCUGUCCUACAGCACCCAGAAGGGGGCUAUGCUGUUGCUAGUAGCAGUGAUGACCGCAUGAACGAACCUCCCACUUCACUUGGGCUUGUGCCUCAUCAGAUCCGAGGGUUUCUGUCAAGGUUUGAUCACGUCCUUCCUGUCAGCCUGGCCUUUGACAAGUGUACUGCUUGUUCCUCUAAAGUCCUUGAUCAAUAUGAGAAAGAAGGAUUUAAUUUCCUGGCAAAAGUGUUUAAUUCUUCACAUUCCUUCUUAGAAGACUUGACCGGACUUACUUUGUUACACCAAGAGACUCAAGCUGCUGAGAGCUCAGGCGCAUAUAAAGAGAUCUACACAGAGAGAAGCGCUGGAAAUUACUGGCAAACCUAAAGCCCCGUUUGGGUAUCUGGGACAUGAGUGACGAUGACACCAUCUGAAGCAGGAACCGAUUCCUGGUGGCCUCAAGCUCCAGGUGACCAGCCACCAUCUCCUCGCUUGGCCUGCUUCUUACCCAGACCCAGCUGGUGUCCAGAAGCCGACUCACCCUUGGGACCGAAAGCCCAGCUGGCUGCUCUGGGAGCUAUAAUUCUCUUCACCUCUGCAUCUACACUUCCUUUGUAGAUGGGGUUUUGUAUACCCCAUCUUGCUUGCUCACCGUGUAUAUUCUGCGCUGUGAACUCAUGGCUCACAUACAUAGCUACUCUAUGUAACUGACAGUUUUCAUUUUUCUACUUACUUUUCCCAUCAAUCCUGGGCUGAUUUGCUUUGGAAUUUCCAUGCUUAGGGCUUUGAACCCUUCCCUCAAGCUCCCACUUUUCCUUAACCUUGGCAGAUAUUUGAUAUUCGAACUACCAGGGAUUACCCCCACAGGUAGGAAGAACCAGGUAUUCUGCAGGAGGAAGACAGCUCUGUCCUGUGGUCUGAUGGCUUCUGGUUCACAGCAUUCAGAAAAGUCCUGGAGGAGAAAAUAAAUAGCUGCCCAUGUGCAUUGUUACCCCUUUUUAAAGAAGAAUGCCUCGCUUCAUGCCAUUCCUUAUUGUAACCAAAAUGUCCCUGCCUCCUUCUCAUUCCUUCCUUUUAACCUAGGGUGUCCAUGAUGCCUAUUGGGAAAGGAAUGUUCACACCAUGCUCCUGUUCCUUCUAGAAUACCCGAGUGUGGGAAAAGCCCUGUCAACAAGCCAGGAGGAGGGUGAGAAGCCCAUCCUAUCUUCGUCUCCUCUUGGACCAGGAAUUCUAGUGUUCUCCCAGACCCUAUGGGUUUGGCUUUAGGUGCCCAGAACCAAGUGCUUGUGUUAAAGGAGAUUACAGGUCUUUCCCAGAGGCCCCUCAGACCCCACUCUGGGUCAAAAGCACAGCAAUAACAUUUUCCCCCAUAGGGCCUUCUCAUCCCCUCACCUCUGCUGGUGUGCAUGGCACAGUACCCACAAUGCCCUACGAGGGCAGAGACAGGGAUGGAAAGCCAUUUCUGCCAGUAUCUUGAGCCUGGCUCAGCUACAAGCUUGCCAACAGCAAGCCAGUUCCCAUAGGUGCUGUCCCAAACCUUUGAUCUGCUCUGCUCUCCUACCUGGACUGCAAGACAGGAAAGGCCAGAGAGGAACCUGUGGACGUUACAUAGCAGAGUCCUCGCCGGCAAGCUCUGCGAUCAUAGGCAGGUCAUCGCUAUCUCCUAAUCUGUGAAACGAAGGGGCCGGGCUUGGUGAUGCAGUUCUGAGGUCCCUUCCAGCCCCAACAGUCUUUGUUUCCAGAGCCUGGUGGGCCAGUUUAACAAGCCUUGGGCCCCUGCCCUGCAGGCGGGCUCACUCAUGGAGAGAACUCCACGGAGGUCAACUCUUGAUUAUUUUAUCGUCUAUAUCUGUGUCCAGAGAAGCAGCUUACCCUGGCACAGGGUAAAGAAUGGGAUGGAGGUGAGAAGGGGCCGGGGAAUGCCAUCCAGUACGAUGAAAGCCAGAUGAAUGGGUGAAAACAGGGAAUAAACAGAGUCCAUAGAA